UUUCGUUUUAUUGUAUGGUAUCACCUGUAGCUUCGGUAAAACUGUACGGCGAACUGCUAUCUGAAGUCAUGAAUUUCCUCUUAAGCGGGUGGAAGUGACUCUACCACAUAAGUAGUUUUGAACGAAAACAGUUACCAUCGUUUAAAAGUGGCUUAAUCAAUUUCGUAUGCAUUUCACAACGAGAACUUUGUUCUUCUUGCCCUGGUUACUUCAGGUUGCUGUUUCAGAUGCAAAGACUGAAGUUCUUGGGGUUUCACCUAAAGAACUUAACUUGUACCAGCCAGAUGAGAAUGGGAACUGGAAAUGUCUCAAUUCUUCCAAAGUCAUUUCAUUUUCGCAAGUGAAUGAUGAUUAUUGUGAUUGCCCUGACGGCUCUGACGAACCUGGCACAUCGGCAUGUCAAAAUGGUCGCUUCUUUUGCGUAAAUAAAGGCUACAUUAGCACAUACAUUCCAUCAAAUCGUGUAAACGAUGGACUUUGCGACUGUUGCGAUGGUUCGGAUGAAUACAUGGAAAUUGUACACUGUGAAAAUACAUGCAAUGAAAAGGCAGCUGUUUACCUUGAUGAAUUGAACGAACAUAAUAAUCAAGUCCGCAAAGGAAUUGAUAUAAGAAAUGAAUGGGUCCGUGCAGCUGAGGUUAAGAAUGAGGAAUUGAAGAAAAUUUAUGAUGAGAACAACUCUAAAAUGCUUGCGACCAUGAAGCGGAAGAACGAGCUUCAAGCACAACUUGACAGAAUGAUGCGCGAGAACGUUGACAUCACUCAAUUGCUGAAUGACGAUCUUUCUUCAAUGAAAGAGACUGUUGACCUUUUGCUUCUUGAACGCAGCGAGUUCAUUAAGCGUAUGAAGAUUCUUGAAGACAUCUUGAAAGAUAUGGCCAGCGGCUACAAUCCCAAUUAUCAAGAUAUGGCCGUAAAGGAUGCUGCCUCCCGUUGGAAGGAAGUUGAGAACGACAAGUUGGACCUUCUUGUUGAGGAAGGCCCCACUGCUGAGCUCGUUGAUGCUGUGGAAGAGCAUUUGGCUAUGGUGCCUGUACUGAAGGCAAAAGAAGUUAAGAAGCAAAAGGAAGCCUCGAAUGGUCUUAUCGAUCAAACGAAGCAAUUGCUCUUCUCUGCCGCCGAAAGUGUUCCUUUUCUUAAUAACCUUGUUAGCGGAAAAAAGGAAACAGAGGGUCAUGAUUCUGAAGUUUCAUCAAAGGCGCUUGAACGACUCGAGCACCAAUUGAACGAAGUGAAAUAUCAAUACGAUGAUUUACAAAGUGAACAGGCAAGAUUAUUCGAGGACAUGAACGAACCUCAUGGCUGGGACGAUAUAUACCGCGUGCUUAAGGGCAUGGAAACUAAAGCUAAGUCAGGCGAUUACGAAUACAGAAUACGUUUUUACGAAACCGUUUUCCAAGACGAUAUUUCAUUAGGUGAAUUUGUUGAACAAGAAGGAAACAUACUUAAAUAUGCUAAUGGACAAAAAUGCUGGAACGGCCCCCCGAGAUCUGCCCAAGUUAAAGUCGAGUGUGGAAAGAGUAACGAAAUUAUAAGUGUACUCGAAGCACAAAAAUGUGAGUAUCUUAUCCAAAUGCUCAGUCCAGCUGCCUGUUCUACUACUCUGUACAGAAAGUCUUUGAUUACAGAAGCAAAUGAGCAUCCUACGCCCGAAACCAUUGCCGAAAAUGAUGAACUGUGAAGCCGCACCUUUAUAGAUUGAAAUUAGCCAGAAAAAAUAAUACACAAAAGUAGUAAUUGAAGCGACAAAUUCGAAAGAGCGAACUGGCAACAUUGUAACAUGCGAGCUACUGGUACUGUGAUCCUCAGGAACACAGAAAUAUAUAAUUCAUGCCGAACGUAUUGUGAUUGAGACAAAAGAAUAAACCCUAUGGGGAAAGGAAAAAAAAUAAAACUCGUAAAUGCU